GUAUACUUAAGCAGAUAUAGACAUAUUAUAUAGUAGGUACUUAAUAGUUACCUAUAAUAAUAAUUUAAAGUUGUAAUAAAACACAUUUAUUCGAUUUUCAAAAGAACAAUAUGGAGACACCUGAAUCAUUAACCACCUGUAAUGAAACGAAUGUUGAAAAAAAAGUUGAAGAAGAAAAAGUAACACAGGAUGAAUUAAAUAUUAAAAAGGAGCACAAAGAUGCAUUAAAUUGUACUGGGUUUGAAAAGGACGAAUGGUACAAAUAUUACUAUAUUGUCAAAGUAGUAGUGUUUACUUUGUUGAUUUCGAGCUUCCUUUUGAUCGUGGGGAUGACAGUACAUGUGGCGCGAAUUCUGUAUCUGAGCUUACAGAAGAAAAUAUUUAUUUCUAAGAUUCUUAACAAAGAAUUGUAAUACCGGGAGAAAAAUAAUUGAAUCACUUCAACAUGCAUUAUAGCAUUUUGUAUACAUUUAAUAUUAAUAGUCAAUAUAGAUUAUCAUAAUUUAUUACUUAUUUAUACUCGUAUUAUUUAUUCAUAGUUCAAUCACAAUUUGUUUUAUUUAAUGCGGACGGUAGUUGAUAUAAUGUUUUUAAUUUUUUGUAAGUAUUGAACAAUGUUUUAUCUUUUCGAAAUCAUUGAACAACUAGGUAUUUUUUUACACUGUUAGAAAUGUGUAUAUAACCGUUAUAAUUCUAUAAACACUAUCAGUGGCGCCGAACUAUAUUUGAAAAGGGGGGGGGGGCAAGUAAAAAGUUAUACGGACCACCACCCCCGUUUACAAAAUAAAAACGCUUGCUACAGUGCUGCAUAUGAAUUCAUUAAAAGCUUAGGAGUUAGGAACAUAAUUCAUAAGUAGUUUGCUGGGGUACCCACGGACCCCCACGACCCCACCCACUGAAAAAAGGGGGGGCGGUUGCCCCUCUAGGGUUAUUGGUUCGGCGCCACUGAACACUAUAAACCUUGUAUGUAUUUUAAAUUUAAAUUAAAUAAACCCAUUAUUUAUUUCUUCCCA